CCCUCCUCGUGAUAGGACGCAAAACCGAUUUUGUCCGGAACUCGUACGGUUUGGAACGAUAGCUAACUUAAAGUUUACCCCCAUCUCAAUAGCUACACAGGAGAGGGAGAGCUGACUGCUGUCAGAAAAAUCCAACAAAAAUUCUGAAUGGAUGCUGUGUGACCGUGGAGCUCGUCUCGUUAGUGUGAUUUGUUAAGUUUCUUUCACUUGCCCAUUUCGGUGUUCGGGAAAUGGCUACGACGAUUUCAUUGCAAACAUAAGUGUGUGAAUUGUGCUGCUUCGUGAGUUACGCAAGAGAUAAGAGCUUCUGCUUGGAGAGAUGAAAAGAUGAAACAAAACGUGUGACUUUAAAGCCGUGCAUCAAAAAGAAGAAGAAAAAAUAGCUCGAAAGAGUGUGUGAAGCGGCCAUCUGGCUAGAUGGGAAGAGUGUGAUGCGAGAUGAUCCAGUUGUUGUUUGAAGUUUAAGAAGAAAGCAAAUAUUUUAACGAGAGCGAUGAAUAUAGAAACGACAAGAAGUGAAUGUUAGAAGCAAAAGUCAAAGUGUUCUGUGUCGCAGACGACAUAGCUGUUUAAUUUCUGCCCCACGGCCAAAAUUUAUAUCUUAAUGUGUUCCGGAUAAGUAAAAUUUCUUACGUUCUAAGCGUUUUUAACACCCUACGAUUUUAAACCCGAAACGACAAAAUCGCUCGACAAUGGAUUUCGCAAAAAGUUUGUUCUUUCUCAUCCUGGUGGUGACUGUCACCGCGCGAUCUACCAUCAUGAGCCGAAUGGACAUCGCUCCAAAAGGAUGCAAAUGGCAACGAGUUCUGGAUGAGAACGCCGAGGAUGAAAACACCGUGACGACGAUUCUGUCAUGCAAACUGAAAACAAUUGGCGGCACGGAUACGCUGAUGAAAAAUUUGAGCUCCUACCAGAUCGAGCGAAUCAAUUCGCUGAAACUCGAAUGUAGCGAUAUUCUGUUUUUUGAAAGUUCACUCGAGGCUAAUCAGCAUUCUGGAGCCUUUCUGGGAUCGCUUAAACGACUACGUGAUCUUAAGAUCGAGUAUUGUAAAAUUAAGUACGUGCCUUCGAUGGUCCUGUCAACGCUGAGGGACCUACGCUCGCUUUCAUUGCGAACUCAUAACACCGACUGGUCCGCAAUGAACCUGGAGUUUCAUCCGGAAAGUUUCCGGGGUUUGACGGAACUCAAACGGCUAGAUCUGGCUGAUAAUAACAUUUGGAGUUUGCCGACCGAUGUAUUCUGUCCGCUGUUUUCGUUGAGACAACUGAAUCUGACCAAGAAUCGACUAACUGAUAUUUCUCAACUUGGUUUUUCUGACUGGGGAAAUGGUCCUACUGCUCCGGGAAAAGCAUGCAACACUGGAUUGGAGGUUCUUGAUCUUUCCCACAACGAUAUUCUAUCGCUGCCAGACAACGGUCUAUCAUCGCUGCGAUCGUUGAAUGUUUUGCUGUUCCAGGAUAACCUGCUUACCUCGCUUGCUGAUCGAUCCUUUGUCGGUCUCGGAUCGCUGAAGGUCGUCAACAUGUCCAGCAACAAAUUGGUAGCUUUACCCCCAGAGCUCUUCCAGUCUCCACGUGAACUGCGUCAGAUUUAUCUGCAGAACAACUCGCUAUCGGUGUUGGCGCCGGGAUUGCUAGAAGGACUCGACCGUCUUGAAAUACUCGAUUUAUCUCACAACGAAUUAACAUCCGAGUGGAUCAACCGAGACACUUUCGCCGGUUUGAAACGUUUGGUCGUUCUGGACAUCAGCUACAACAGCCUGACGAAAAUCGAUCGGCACGUAUUCCGCGAAUUAUACAGCCUCCAAGUGCUGAAUCUGGAAUCGAACCUAAUCGAAACAAUCGCCGACAACGCAUUUAGCGAUCUGAAAAACCUAGUCGCUCUAACCCUGUCACACAACAAACUGAAACGAAUCGACCAACACCACUUCAGCGAGCUGUAUGUCCUUAACCAGCUGUACAUCGAAUCGAACGUUAUCGAAUCGAUGCACACGCGGGCCCUUGAAAAUCUCACCAAUCUAAAUGACCUCAAUCUGAAUGACAACCGAUUGACAGAAAUUCCGGAAGGUCUGGGGAAGCUGCGCUUCCUGAAAUCCCUAGAUCUGGGCAAAAAUCGAAUCGUCACGGUGAACAAUGCCUCGUUCGAGGGACUGGAACAACUGCUCGGUCUGCGUCUGGUGGAAAACCGGAUUACCAAUGUGUCGCGGGAUGCAUUCGUGACCCUUUCCUCGUUGCACGUGCUGAACCUAGCGUCGAAUCAGAUUCGUCACAUCGAUCAAUCGGCGUUCAGCUCGAAUCCCACCAUCCGGGCGAUUCGGCUGGACAACAACGAGCUGGAGGAUAUCAGCGGAGUGUUCACAUCGCUACCGGCACUGGUGUUCCUGAACGUGUCGGAUAAUCAAAUUAGGAACUUUGACUACAGCCAUUUGCCUACCUCGCUGGAGUGGUUGGAUAUGCACCAGAACAACAUAACGGAGCUGGGAAAUUACUACGAUUUGAAUAAUUUGCAGAUUAAGAUGCUGGACGUGUCGUUUAAUCGAUUGACCACGGUGGAUAACAAGAACAUUCCGGACAGUAUUGAGACGCUGUUUUUGAAUAAUAACGUACUGGAGGAGGUGACGGCUGGAACGUUCCUGAACAAGAAGAAUCUGGAGAAGGUAGUGCUCUAUGGAAACUACAUCAAGAAACUUGAGAUUGGGGCACUGGCUCUGACUCGGAUGAGCGACGACAGAGAUAUGCCUCAGUUCUACAUUGGGGACAACCCGAUUCAUUGCGAUUGUACGAUGGAGUGGCUGCAGGGAAUCAACAAACUUUCCCACCUACGGCAACAUCCGAGGGUGAUGGACUUGGACACGGUUAUGUGUACCAUGGAGCACGAGCGGGGAGCUUCGAUUCGUCCGUUGAUGGAUCUGAACUCGCAUGAUUUCCUGUGUCAGUAUGAGACGCACUGCUUCGCGACGUGCCACUGCUGUGACUUUGAUGCGUGUGACUGCAAGAUGACUUGUCCGGAUCGGUGCAGCUGCUACCAUGAUCACACCUGGAAGACCAACAUCGUGGAUUGUGGUAACGCAGAUUACACCGAAGUGCCGGAACAUAUUCCAAUGGAUGCGACGACAAUUUACCUGGAUGGAAACGAGCUGAAACAGCUCGGCAGCCAUCAGUUCAUCGGGAAGAAGAAGUUGGAAGUGCUUUAUUUGAACAAUAGUAACAUUGCGAAUGUGCACAACAGAACAUUCAACGGGAUUCCUAGCUUGAAAGUGUUGCACUUGGAGAACAAUUACAUUGAAGAACUGCGCGGUUUUGAGUUUGAUCAGUUGACUAAUUUGAAUGAACUGUAUUUGGAUCACAACACGAUCGGUUACGUGGGUGAAAAGACCUUUGAGAGCCUCAAGUUUUUGGAAGUGAUUAAUCUGAGUGACAAUAAGAUCAGUGAGUUUUCGCCGUGGCAAGCUUUGGCCGCAGCUUCGGAAUCUGGAUCGUUGAACAAGGUUUCACUGGAAGGAAACCGAUGGCGGUGUGACUGUGAAUCAUUGCAUAAACUACAGCGGUGGAUAAGAGACGUUAGCGGUGACUUUGACAUUAACAGAAUGAUUUGUGCGGACAACCGUGUGGUUGGUGAUGUGAUAAGUUCCUGUGAGAGUCAGCUGGAGUUUGCUAAUGAAGUGGCUCCUCCGGCCGUGCAUCGGACGGUACUGAUGGGUCACGGUCUGAUUGGUGGUGGCUAUGUGCCACUUUUGGCGGCAAUUGUAGUGGCCAUUAUUGGAACGGCGCUUGUGGUGGCGCUGGCAUGUGUCUUCCGGCAGGACGUACGACUGUGGGCUCACGCUAAAUACGGCGUGAGAUUGGUAAAGGAUCCAAUUAUUGUGGCCGGCAAGCAGCAGGACUGCGAUAAACUGUACGAUAGCUACGUUGUGUACAGCAUUCAUGACAACGAGUUCGUGGGGCGGCUCUUGGGAGCCGAACUUCAGCACUAUGGCUAUUCAGUUUGUCUGCAUCAUCGCGAUAUUCAUUCGAAUACGUUCCUCUCGGAUUCGCUGCAGAGUGCAGCGGAUGCUUCGAAGAAGAUCAUUCUGGUUGUAUCGAUGAACUUUCUGCAGAAUGAGUGGUCUCAACCGCAAUUCCGUGUAGCUCUCCAGUCGGUCAUCGAGAACAUCCGGCCGGCUUACAGGAGGCAUAAGAUCGUUAUCGUUCUGACUGCCCCAGUGGAGCUGGUAACCAUGGACCCGAUCAUGAACCUCCUGAUACGAACCUGUACCGUCGCAUGUUGGGGUGAGCGUAAGUUCUGGGAUAAACUCCGGUAUGCUCUGCCCGAUGUGAACAAAGACAAAUCACUGAAAAAACUUGGUGAUAUAACGCGGAGUCCUAACCUCCGCUAUACACCAGCCCCGACCGCCCUGGACCAGUGGUGUAAGAUAAACCACCCGGGGAUGGCCGUUCCAGUAGCUGUACCACAGAGUACACCAUCGCAGAGUACCUGCAACACUGAGGAUGAAUCAUCAUCGGCUUCGUCGCAGCACUACGAGGCUCCCAUGAGCCAGCACUACAACAUGAGCCGGUCCAGUGCCUCGCUUGGUCACGUGUACUCCACGAUACCGGAAACGCCCCAGAUGGGACGCAACGGAAGAGCUUAUUUCGUGUAAGAUACAGGCUGUACAAGUGGUGCACAACCAUUUUGUUUCUUAGAUGUAUACUUGGCAUUUCAGUUACUAUGUAUAACAUGUAUAUUUGUACAGAACAAAGAGGAAUCUCAUAGUCAUGUUAUAGAUCGAGUCAAUUCAGUUUUCUUCUUUGCGAGUAUAGAAUGUUACGCAGCGUUACACUCAUUACACUCACAAACUGGCAGCAAAGAUUUUACGCUUCCUAUAGAUCAUUUCUUAUUUGCCAAAUAUUAUUAAAACUGUAUUAUGAUUCGCUCAAAAGUAAGGUAGGAUCGAACAAAGAAAAAACGAAUUAAAAUUGUACACUUUAAUGAAACUAAUUUUCCCCUCGAAGCAAAAAAAAACUUCUGUAGCGGAAAAAAGGGAACCCAAGAUGAGAACAAUUAUGACUUAAUAAACGUGAUACUAGUUUUUAUAAAUUACUAUUAUUAACUGAACGAAAUAAAUUGACUAUUAAGCUUAAGUGUAUUUUAGAGCCAGAUAACAAAGCUACUAAGGUAAAUUUCGUAUGUUCAAAAUGAGCAUUUAAAAGCUACAAAACUACAAGAUAAUAAUUUCGGCAUAUAGGAAAAUCAAAAUCUGGCACAAACCUCGAAAGACGCAAACCAGAAUCUCCGUCAUACACGUUACUGUAAAAAUUAUAAGUUACCGCCAUUAGACGUAUAUGAACGACACAACUACACUGCAGCCCUAAAGAGCUCCAUACAAAAUUUUUGUAUAAACGAUUAUAGGAUAAUAAUUUAUUACAGAAAACCGAAAUACAAAUUUCAAUUC